CAUCGCUGCGAACCCUGAAAAAAGCCCCAAGAGAGAGAGAGAGAGAGAGAGAGAGAGAGAAGAAAUUGGCGAUGGAUUCGCUCAGGAAGCAGCUGGACGUGUUGAUGGGAGCCAACAGGAACGGCGACGUGAGAGAAGUCAAUCGAAAGUACUAUGAUCGCGACGUUUGCCGUCUAUUCUUGGUCGGCCUAUGCCCUCACGAGCUCUUCCAAUUAACCAAAAUGGACAUGGGCCCGUGUCCAAAGAUGCAUUCGUUGCAGCUGAGGAAAGAAUAUGAAGAAGCUAGAGCAAAAGGCCUAGAAAACUAUGAUCGGGACUUGGAAGAUGUUAUUGAUCGGCUUAUUGUUGAGUGUGAUAGAAAAAUCACUAGAGCUCUGAAACGUCUAGAGGAUGACGAUGCUAAAGCUGCUAUUGCAAUUUCAGUGACUGAGGUUACACAGACACCUGAGGUCAUUGAGUUAUCGAAACAGAUCAAGGAGAAGUUGAAGGAAGUGGAUCAAUAUGAUCUUGAAGGCCAAACAGAUAUGAAAAUUCGGUCUCUGGAAAUAGUGGAUGAACUAAGAACGAAAAGAGCUGACAUGCAGUCAAUGCUGCUUCUUGAUGCCUUCAACAAAGAUCGAGCUUCCUUACCUCAGCCCCUUCCAAAUCCGCCACCAUUGGCACCCCUGCCUGUAGUUGCACCAGAUGCUCGUACUCAAGAAAUGAUAAAUGAGAAGCUGAAGAAGGCCGAAGAUCUUGGUGAGCAAGGAAUGGUUGAUGAAGCGCAAAGAGCGUUGGAAGAGGCUGAAGCACUUAAGAAGCUGGCUAGCCUGGCUCCAAGACAGGAACCUGUUUUGGAUUCGUCCAAGUACACUGCUGCUGAUGUUCGCAUUACCGAUCAGAAGCUACGUGUCUGUGACAUCUGUGGAGCAUUUUUGAGCGUCUAUGACAGUGACCGCCGUUUAGCAGAUCAUUUUGGAGGAAAGCUUCACUUGGGCUAUAUGCAAGUCCGUGAGAAGUUAGCUGAGCUUCAGGAAGAGAGGAACAAUAAACGGAAGGUCUUAGAAGAGGAGAGAAGAUCAAAAGAGCGAAGCAAGGAGCGUGACAGGGAAGCUAGCAGGGAUCUGGAUAAAGGUGAAAACCGUGAUCGGGGGAGGGAUUAUGACCACAGGACCAGAGAUCGUGAUAGGCAUUAUGAUCGUAAUCUCAGGCAUGACAGAGAGAGAGAUCAAUCCCGUGGCUAUGAUUCCAGGAGUCGUCGCAGGUCGCGCUCGCGGUCAAAUGAACGUUCCAGGGAUUAUGAUCGUCACAGGUACGUGUUCUAUGCAACAGUUGUUAGUACAUGCCUUGUCACCAUUUUCUUUUUAUGCUGGGUUCUUAUUUGUUCAUGUAGAGUAGUCGUAAAUCUGUGGUGAUUAAGAUGGAAAAAAAUUCACCUUUGGUCAUAAGAAUAUUUUACUUUAGAACUCUUGCAUUUGGUGUAUCCACUCUCGGGGGCAUAUUUGUUAAAUUUAUUCCGGCAAUUUAUGGUAACAAGGAAGGGUAAGUUGGUUCAUAUUCCUUUGGCCGUCCUGGUUUUUACUAUUGGAUUAGUAAUGCUAAUGUUUAGGUCUGUACAUUUCGCUUCUGCAAGGCGUCCACAAGGUGAGGCAUAUCUCCCAUUUAGACAUGGUUAUUGGUUUUCAUCAUGCUUAUUUUCAAUUUAAGCCUUUGGCCUUUAUUUGAAACAAUAAAGAGUAGGGGGAAAACUCGACAAGAAAUAAUAUGCCCAAAGACUCGAUAUAUCCGGUUGUACAUUUAGGAAAAGUCUCAUCUCUGAAACUUUGGAGACAUUAAAAAGCAAGCAACCAUCCAUGACAAGAAAAGGUUCUCUGUCAAACCUUGGUCCGUGGUAAAGAAUUGUAUCCAAUGUAGAGUAGGGUUUAGGAAAGGUAGACAAUUAGACAACUUACGGCUAAUAGCUAUUUUUGUGUCAAGACGCGAGGUCCCAUGAUGGAACUAGCAUACCAAGAUUGGGUCAGAUAACACUUUCCAUCACAUUAUGUCACUACUGUAAAACCUUGGUCCUUGAUCUUUUAAAUAUUAUUACUAGGUGAAACCACCUUUUUCCUUUCCUCACCUAGUUUUAUUAUUGAUUAUCUGUUGUCAUUGUCAGUCGUUGCUCCUGUUAUAUUAGGGGUUAUUACACAUUAAACUCCUCGGGCUUGUCCCAAAACACAUAAGCUUCUUAUGGUUCAUAAGUAACACACCACGUGGUUUGGACUAAAAUGCAGAGUCUAUCUUCAUUAAUGUUUUCGGCGAGAAAUCUGUAUUUCUCUUAGUUCUCUAUAAUUUGCUUCUAUAUGCCACCAUCAGCGCAUCACCAUUGCUUGCUCCAACUAUCUUGGUCUCCAAAAGUGGGUCCGGGCAUACGAUUGUAAGUUCUUUUUAUAAGAACAAAUUUUGAUUCAUCUGUACUAAUUUCCCUAUCUAAACAGGCGUCAUGAUCGCUAUUAGAUCACGAAGUGCAGCUGAAGGAAUUUUCCCCAAGAAAUUGGCUUGCUCGUCUUGGUCAGAGGGAAAAUGAUGUCUGCUUUAUUUUGGAACUUGAGAAAUACUAUCUGUAAUGAUAGAGAAGAAAUUGCUUAGUUGAUUAUCACCGACUAUUUGUUCUUUUUACUGGUCUAGUGCUGUGCUGUUUCGACUGUGUAUGUGCGGCUUGGCUUAUUGACAAGGUUCACUUCAUUGGACUUUUGCCUAA